CUACAUUUGCCAUGUUUACAAUUGUGACAGCACGUUUGAGAUGACAAAUAAUAAAUGAAAUAAGUUAGUUGUGUUUUUUCCUGUUUAGCAAAAUAUUAUUUUCACUUUGAUAUAGCUGUUAGUCUACGUUUAUAAUAGGUGAUUUAUUGAUAUAGUUACCCUUUGAAGGUUGACUGAUUGUUAAUGAUUCAUAAUCGACAUUUUUAAUAUGAUGAUGUUUAAGUAUUGAGUCAUAGAAUCGGAAUCUAGUAUUUGCGUAUUCUAGUAAAUCUUCCAAAUAUUCUUUUUACGAUGGAUAAAAGUAUCUUUGAGUUGCAUAAAACAAUCAAUUUAGUUUUGGUAUUAUAUAGAACCUCGAUAAUCUAAUUCGUUAAAUUUAUAAGAUUAAUACAUAAAAUAAAUUCAUAUAGAUGUGAUGCAACGAACGAAUCUGAAUCUGUUUUAUUCAAUCUUAAGCAAGUUCCAUGCAUAUCAACGUCUUGUUAGUUAACUCUACAAUUAUUUGCAUUGUAGAGGAAAAUAAGCAGUAAUAUAAUUCCUUUUUCUUGUUAGUUGCUGUUUGGCCAAAAAACGAUAAACUUUCGUUAUGUCUCAUCCACAUCUAUCAUUUGAUCAUUAAAGUGUCAAAAAAUAUAAUCAAAAGUACAACUCGAUUAUCCCAGUAGCUAAGAUUUAAUUAAUAUAUGCAGGAUAAGGAAUCGUACUAAUUGGAAAAUUCCAUUCCAAUUUCUAUUCGAACUAUACAAUUGGUUCCUAAUGAGAUUGCGAAUUUCAAGUUUAUAGCUACUAGAAGAUACUACCACGUCACAGUUCUUUACUGCAAGGCAAGUCGAGCAAUGAAGGCUUUGGGAUGUCUCGUUAGGCUCAAAUCGUUGAUCGAAGUGCAUGCAGAAACUGGCUCAUGUUCAAUCAGAAAACUGGAGAAGAACACGAGAAAUCGAGAAUAAUACCUAUGGGCGAGAAUUGUGACGGCAGCACACAGUCUAAAGAGCAGAUUGAAGCACAUAUUCAUAAUAGGCAAGAUGCUGCUCCGAGAAGGGAGUGUCCGUUGGCUUAUGCAUAUUCGAACCAGUUAUCCUCUCGAUGCUUCCAGUCGAAGCCCUAGCCAAGUUCCAGUGCGUCUGCAAAGCCUGGAAGAACAUAAUCCGGGAUCCGAAGUUCGUGAAAGAUCACUUCCAAAUCCAGGCGGCUAAAGGUAAAGACUAUCUUCUUUAUGUGCCGUUGGACCGUACGAUCGAGCGUGCGUUCACGUUACUUUGUGAUGAAACGUUCGAUCAGGCCCUAGAAUUCGAAAUUCCUUCCGAGUUUCGUGAUAUGAGCUUCAUUAUAAUUGGUUCUUGUAACGGUGUAUUGUGCUUCACUGAUGCGAAUAGCUUCGGUAGCACCGUGUAUUUGUGUAAUCCCUCGAUUAGAAAAUACAGGACAGUAAUUAACCCAAUGUUUGAUGGUGUUGAAUUAUCGUGCCAAGGUGAUGUCGAUUUUGCUUUAGGGUUUGGGUAUUAUGAACACACGAACGAUUACUUGAUUAUUAGGAUUGCUAUCCUAAGUGACGAGGAAGAUGAGGCAACUAGCAAAGUCGAGGUUUAUUCAAUGGUCGCAAAUUCGUGGAAAAAUCUGGAAGUGGAUCGCUUUCCAUGGGAAAGGAUCGAAUUAAAAUCGGAAGCUGUGAUGCGUGAUUCGGUUCAUUGGAAGGCGGAUUACAGAGAUGGGGACGAGGGUAUUCCGGUAAUUUUGGCGUACCGUAUGGGAGAAGAGGUGUUCCGACAGAUAGGAUUACCUAAUUAUAAAGCCGAUGGGAAAGGCCUGGUCGAACACAUUGGAGUGUAUAAAGGGAAUCUUGCGAUGUUCGUAUUUCAUCAAUCGGAUCACUUUUCUUGGCACAAAAACUGCCACUUGUGGGUAAUGAACGAGUACGGAGUGGUGAGUUCUUGGACGAAAUUAUACACUGUAGUAAUAGAUGCCGGAGUUGUUACUCCGAUUAUGUUUACGAAUAACGACGAGAUUAUAUUUGAAGACGGCGAGUGUGAUUUGACCGUAUGCCACUUCGAAAGAAACACGAUUUCGUACCUUGGAGUUGAAGAUCAAGGUUACCUUAAUUUCGUGACGUACAACGGUAGCCUUGUUAUGUUGGAGGACUAAAAAAAAUGGCAUUUGGUCUGUUUUUUUAUCGACGAAGAAAGGGUAUUCGUAAUCCUCUCAAAGACUUUUUUUUUUUUCUUCUUUUCUUUUCGUGUGUUUAGUUUUUGAAUUAUCGUUCAGAUGGAGUAUUUUGUUCGUUUGAUUAAUUCUGAAUUACCAUGAUUUUCUAUGGUAAGUUGGACUUUGAAUAGUUGGUUAUUAAUUGAUCAUUCGCCAUCAAUGUUUUUGAAAGUUGUUUCCGGAUAUGUAUGAACGAUAUCGUUUGAUUGCAAUGAACUAUAUACUUAUUAUAUAAGGGAUGUUUUGUUU